AUGAGAAAUAAGAGUGUGUACGCUCCUCAGAGUGAACUGACGUAUAUUGACGAUUGCCUACGCCACGUUGGAAGCAAACAGCAUUUAUUCUAUGAGACGCAUAUCUGUCCAAUAUAUCGCAUAACUGCUAGUCCAGCCGAGCAGUACACUGAAACAAGAGCACUUGUUCUACUAGAAAAGUAUCAUCGUAAACGACAGUCACACUGUACCGGGAGUUUAUUAGAAGAUCGUAUUAGUUUCGAACGUACAAAGUCAUCUGGUAAAAUACCAUUCCGUCCAUGGGUAUCAUAUAAAGAAAUCAAAGAAUUAUAUUUAAGCAGAGCAAGACCGCAAUACUUUGUGCUGUGUAUAGAUUCCAUGUAUAGUUCAAACAAAUACUAUGAAAUAUACAAAUGUAAAAUCCCAGAAACACUGCAAUCAGUUGCUGAGUAUAUUAGACGUGCAAUGGAUGACACCGAUAAAGUAUUACGGGAUUUAACAUCUAUUCGACAAGUUGUUGUUGAUGAAAUAGGCCGUGUGCGUUCAGUGAGUAAUUUUGAAGUUGAAGACAAUCGCGCUACACUUCAAAUACCAGAAAAUUAUCACAACGCUAACUCCAACCUUGAAUAUAUCCCAUCACCAGUCACUAUAACAACGCUUAAUCAAUCUUACACACCAGAAGUAGAUGGGGAUUAUAGACGUAGUAUUGUUGAUAGAGUCGUUACCAAUAAUCAAGGUCCAGUCUACUUGUACAUGUCUCGACCAAAAAGUCAAGUCAGUAUACAUAAAACCUCAAAUUAUUCCGAUAAACGAAGCAGUUUUCCUUACGGGAAUGAAAAUGAAAAUAUUGCUUACAGAUAUUAA